AUGUAAAUAAUUACAAAUUACGAUAGUGAACCCUUUUAAUUGAUAAAUACCAAGAGACAAAUAUUUGGUAGAGAUUCAGAUAUUAAGAUGAGACAAUAUUUUGAAAGAAGUCCUUCAAUAGAAGGGAUGGAUGAAAUGAUAGAUGAUUAAGACAAAAGUGCUAAGUACUGUUCACAUAAUAAUAAUAGACCUUCAUUGUUUAGUUUGAGUAAGGCAAACAGCAACUAUAAGCCUCCAACUAUAAAUAUUCAAAAUAUCAUUACAGAUUAAAGAGAAACUUAUAUUUUUGAGAAUCUGAAUUAAGAUUAAAAAGAGCCAGGGUAUGAGUUGAUACAAAUUGAAUAGAUUUAAUCCAGUUUGGAAACAUGGAAGUUUGAAGAUCAUCAGAUUAGUUGCUAGAUUUUUAUAUUAACUGAAAACAAAAGCAGAAACUUUGAAAUUAAAAUUGAUGAAUCAUCAUAUAUUUAAAUACAUAGAUGAUAAAGCAAGUGAUUUUAAUGAAUUCAAAUCUGAAAAGACAAUAGAUGAUCAUUCUUUUAAAAAUAUAAUGUGUAGAAAUUUAAAGAAGAUGGAAGGAGCAUUUUCAGUCAUUAAGGCUAUUUUAGAAUACUUAUUUAAUAGAAUAGGAGUUAUAUAUCCAGAAAGUACAUUUAAAAUUAUAUGGGAUUCUAUAGUAGUAUGUUUUAUAGUAAUCAAUAUAUUCUUUAUACCAAUGUCUUUGAGUUUUGAAUUGGAUAAAUCAAGUACUUUAGUUUGGUUAUUCUUUGAAACAAUACCUAGUUACAUUUUCAUAGCUGAAAUAUUACUUAAUUUUAAUACUGCAUAUUAUGGUCAUGGUGUAAUUCAUUCAACCAGAAAAGAAAUAUUUCAUCAUUAUGUUUCUGAAAAUUUUUGGUGGGAUUUAAUGAUAUCUAUACCUUAUGUAUUAUCUUAAUUGGACAUACCUUAUAUACAAUUUGUAUUACUAUUAAGAAUUACAAGAGUAAAAUCUAUGGUAUAAAAUGUUGAAGAUUUAUUAAAUGCUAAGGAAUCUGUUUAGGCAGUAGUAGAAUUAUCAAAAUUAAUAUAUUUUAUUAUAUUUGUUGCACAUAUGUGUAGUUGUGCUUGGCAUUUAUUGGGUAAAAUAGAAGUUGAUGUUUAUGGAGAUAAUAAUUCAUGGUUGAUUCAUUAUGGUUAUUAUGAUAAACCAUGGUAAACUAGAUAUAUAGUAAGUAUCUAUUGGAGUGUAAUAACAACAUUAACAGUUGGUUAUGGUGAUAUUGUUCCUUAGACUUCUAUUGAAUAAUUAUUUGUAGUUAUUAUUGCUAUGAUUAUUUGUGGUGUAUUUGGUUAUUCUAUAUCAACUAUUGGAGAGAUUCUUAAGAAUUUGGAAGAGAAAAAGGGUCAAUUUAAAUAAUUAAUGAAAGAGGUUAAUUCUUAUAUUAAAGAAAAAGAAUUAAAUUUAUAAUUAUCUUUAAAAGUUAGAAAAUAUUUUGAAUUUUAUUAUCAAACAUAACAAUCACAAAAAAGAUCUUAUUAAACUUUAAUUAAUAAUCUAAAUGAAUAAUUAAAAUAAGAGAUUAUGAUAGAUUUAUAUAAAAAGAUUCUUAUUUAAUCUAAAUUUAUAAAUGAUACAUUUAAUGAAAUUUUGAUUAAUCAACUAUGUUAGAAAGUUUAAUAAGAAAACUUUGGACCUGGAGAUGAAAUUAUUGAUAUUAAAAAUAAAAGUGAAAAAAAAUUGAUUUUUGUAUUAAAUGGAUAAGUUGAUAGUUAUUUUCAUAUAUAAAGAACUCAAAAAGAAACAUUACAUUCUAUUACUCAAGGUAAAUUCUCUCGCACUUAUAAAAAAGGUGAUAUUAUAGGUGAAUUUGAAUUCAUUACUAAUAAUGAUUAUUCUGUUUAAUAUAGGGCUUUUAAGUUUACUUAAGUUGCUUUCAUUAAUAGAUAAGAUUUAUUAGAGAUUAUAACUAAAGAUAAAGAACAUUUGUAUAAAUUCUAAACAUUAAUUGAUUCUUUAACUUACUCUUAGAAAUUAGGAAGAACUUGUGAAAUUUGUAAAUGGACUCACUUAUAUUAGAAGUAAUUAUAAAAUGUUUUAUUUUAUUUAAAUUUUAGUUGUCCAUUUACAUUCUAUUAGCCAAAUAUUUGGAAAAUAGUUAGAUAAGCAUCUGCAUCUGUUAAUAUAAAACGAUUAUCUUUUGAACGUAAAUCUCGUCAAAGAUACAAAGCAAUUUCAAAUUCUUAAAUGACAAUAGCCACAAUUCUCGAUUUUAUGAUUCUUCAUAAUUUUAUUUAAGAAGAGUAAACUUAUUAUAUUAAUUAUAAGUUUGUUGUGUAGUAAAACAUUAAAAAGAUUAGGAUUCAAAAACAACCAUAGAAUUAGUUAAAGAGAGAUACAUGAAAUUAGUUCAGAAUCCUCUAAAACAUCAAGUAGUAAUGAAUCACAAUCUUUGGUUAUUGAUAAUCAUAAAAAUGUAUAAAUGAAAAAUAAAAGAACAUCUUUAUAAUCUUAAAAUGAUAAAAAUGAUAAUAAAUUUGAUAGACUUAGAACAACUCUAAAUAUGAAAGAUAGUAAUAAAAAUAACUUAAUAAAACCUAUUUUAUAGAAAAUGAAUUCUUUUGGUUAAUAAUCACUUGAAGAUACAAAUAAUUAAAAUUCUAUUCCUAAUAUUAAAUUAUUUCCAUAAUUUUAUAAAAAAAAAUCAUCUAUUUAAAAUAUUAAACCUAUGUUAAAAUUAGAAACACAAGUAAAUGAAGUUGAUACCAAUAAAGACACAUUAAAAUUAUAUUCAAAUUAAAAAAUACCUGAAAAUUUUGAUGAUAUGGAUUUAAUGAUGCAAGAAAAUAAUAAUUUUUAUCCAGAAUUUAAUAUAUUCAAAGUUAUAGAAACUUAUAAUAAAUGUAGAAUAAGAAAUUUAAGUUUUAGAAAAAAAAGAUUAUUUCAUGAAAAAUUAAAAUCAAUUAGAUUAUAAAAAUAAUUUAAUCUAAAAAUACUAACACCUCGUUCAUCAUAACAAAUUAUUUGA